AUGCUUUUGGGUGUGUUGGUCCUUUUUCUCGCCGCCCAGGGCUGCAGCGGGCAGCAAUGUCAGGGGCACAUCGACGACUACAAAAUUGCCCUGGGACGCGGCGAGCUGUGGGCCCUGAACAUGUACGAGUCAUCGACAAAGCUGCUGGAUGGCGUGCUGACCGGGCUGAUUGUUCCGCCGGGAAAUUUCGACCAGUGCGUGGCCGUCAGGGCGCCCGAGUUCAAAGGGAAAUACUGCAGAGUCAAAGUGCAGAUUGCGCAAAAUGUGGGUUUGCCGCAACUGCCGACCUACGAGGUUGCAGCCUGCGGCCCUUCGACCUGCAGCGACGACGAAAUCGCUCAAAUCGCCCAGUUCAACAUGGGCACUGUCGGUUUAAAUGUGACCAACGCGUUCACCUACGUGCACUCGUGCGAGUACGACGGCGUCCGCAACCUGGACGGUGGCUUCUGGGCAACCAUAGGAGUGAUGUCUUUUUUGGUGCUUCUGGUCGUGUCGGCGGCAAUUGCGGAUUGGUAUUGCGAAAAGUUUGAGAAAAAAGUGCCCGCAGCCGUUGCCACCCUGAUUGCCGCCUUCUCCCUGAGAAGCAACCUGCGGCAGUUGUUCAAGAUCUCCAGGGGAAAGGUGGCCGGCCAGGUUCCGUGCGUUCACGGAAUCAGGGUCAUCAGCACUAUUUGGGUCGUCGUAGGCCACAAAUACGAAAUCUACAUCGCGGCCAUGCCUUUUAUGAACACCUUCGAGUUCUUCACGCUGCCGCAGGAGUUCAGCUCGAUGCCGUACAUUAAUUCCUUGUUUUCCGUCGACACCUUUUUUGUGCUGAGUGGAUUUCUGGUCACUUAUGUUUAUUGCACUGACGUCAUCAAAGGCAGAAAAUUUAAUAUUAUUCAGUACUACGUCUACAGAUAUUUGAGACUGACUGCUCCGGUUGCUAUGAUGGUCCUUUUCGUUGCUUUCGUUAUCUACUACAUUGGUAGAGGCCCGCAGUGGAACACUCUUUUCUGGUUUCAGUCUCAAACUUGUAGGGACAGAUGGUGGACCACUCUCCUCUACGUAAACAACCUCGUCGAUUAUCCAUCCAUGAGCACGUGCGUGCCAGUGUCUUGGUAUCUGUCGGUGGACAUGCAGCUCUCCUGGGCGGCACCGAUCGUGCUUCUUCCGCUCAUGCGUUGGCCAAAGUACACCCUGAUCGGGAUUGGCGGUCUGAUUUUCCUGAGCACCAGCCUGAUAUUUGGUCUGACCUACGCCUACGAUUUCUUCUGGACCUACCCUGUCUACAACAUUCCCCACCCAAACAGCCUUCCUGAUUACUGGUUUUGGUGUUACAUCAUGCCUUGGAUGCGUGCCCAACCCUACCUGGUGGGCAUGGCCCUCGGCUGGUUCAUGAGCAAGCCUCGCAAGGUUCCCUUCAACCGCCUUUGGGCAGUAGUCAUCUGGCUUCUCAACACGGCCUGCGUCCUCACCGUUUUAUUUACGAUUGCCUUGGCGUACCGCCCUGAACACCCGUACAACGAGACCGAAGCCGCCUUUUACAAUUCGCUGCACAGGCUCAUGUGGGGCCUCAACAUCGCCUGGAUUAUCUACGCCUGUUCAAACGGCCUCGGAGGCCCAAUUAACAGCAUCCUCUCGUGGAACUACUGGCAGCCCCUCAGCAAACUGUCCUACUGCAUCUUCCUGACGCACAUGUUCAUCAUCUUCAGCGACAUUGGACUCAACAGGACUCCAGCCUACUUUUCCCAGGCCUACAUGACGCACAGCAUUCUCGGCGACCUGGUGCUCGCGAUUCCCUUUUCCAUGCUGCUCUACCUCACCACAGAGGCGCCUUCUGUCAUUCUAAUUCGCAAAAUCUUCGGCAAAGACAAAAAGGCGGCGGCUCCGGCUGCGUCGGCGGAGAAGGAGUAAUCCGAGCUCAUUAAAGUGGCACGCAUCGCUUGCUGUUUGAGUUGGAUAUCACGCGCGCACCAUCUCAUCUCUCGCGAUUCAUAUUCCAGCAGGUGUCGUGCUACCUGCCAACGCCGGCCGGCCGAGUGUGCCUCGACUCCAAAUGAGCUGCGCCGCGGCGGCGGCGGAUCCCAAUUAAUUAAAACAGAACAAUAAAUUAUUUCUGCCAUAAUUAAAGCCUGCCUCCGAGUGU